ACAAUCGGAUUUUGUUUGUCUGUACGUAAAUAUGUCUUUUUCCUGCAAUCAGUCUUUGGAUGGAAGCUUCCCUCCUUCCCCAACGGGGGGCAGGGGUUCAAAUCGGCUGUCCUGGGGCAGUCUGCUGCAGAGGCUGACUGAGCUAAAGGGGAUCAAUCAGAGGGUCAGAGAGGAUCCUCAGUGCAGCAGGAGUGAAACUGGGUCAGUAGCAGAUAUGUCUCUGUCAGAAUUAGACAGCCCCUUCUUCUGUUACCCCCUGGAGGAGACGUUGGCUGCAGAGGUUGUUGCAACAAUAACACAAAGUCUCACAGAUGCAUCACACACCCUGGGCUGCUCCAAACUCAUCCUCCCUGACUGUCUCCUGCACUAUCUACGACAAGAGCUGCUCCAUUUGGCUGUCAGUGAGCCCUGCGGCCUAAAGGGAGCACUCAUUGACCUAUGUGUGGACAGAGGGGACCAGGGCCCUUUAUGCACCGUGGACCAAAUAGCAGUAGAUGCCACCCUGGUCCCAACCUUUCAUGUGACCCUGGUGUUGAGGCUGGAGUCCAGUGGGCUAUGGCCGAAGGUGCAGAAGCUCUUCAAGGGGAGCAGGUCACCCACAGUGAGGCACCAAGACAGUCUGAGGCUGAGUACAAGCUUCAGGGCGAUUAAGAGAAAACUGUACAGCUCAGGUGAGCUGCUGAUAGAGGAGUGCUGCUGACCAAACGCUCUGUCUCUGAUAAAGUGGACUGAUAUGUGAAAUAUGAAAGAAGGCUGCUGGGUUAAGCAUUCUGUUGUAUGGCUCCAAAAAGCACUGUCGAGGAGGCUCUGAAAUGAAAUGUGUCUCGUUGUUGGCAUAUAUUGUGUUAUUUAUGGGUUAAGGAAAAAUGUUGCGUGUCAUGGCAGCUGCUCACCUGGUCGCAGGUGACUCAACAGCGAAGACUCAUGUUUGAAAGUGGGUCAGUUGACUUCCUAUGAAUGUAAAACAUACCCAUAA